AUGAAAAGGUUAUCUUCUCAAAAUAAAACUACUCGUUCCUCUUAGGUAAUUUCGAAUGGGAUUUACUUUGGGUAAUUUUAAAAUCCGUAACCUCUUCUUACUGCCAUUUCAAAUACUUAAUAAAAACCAAGUUAAGAUUUAAGAAGGAGAAAUUUCAUACCAAAAAAGAGAUUAUAAUCACCAAAAAUUUUAUCCCCAAGAUAAUAAAACACGAAGCCUUUAAAAAGUUUUUUCCAAACCAAACCCUCCCCCAAAGCAUCCUACAAACCACCAACAAUAAUCGUAACACAACCAACUAAUAGAUCAACAGUAAUUCGAAUCAGAAGUCCCAUCAAGAGAAAUUAAUAACCAUUAAUCAGUUAAGAAAUGGAUAAUAAAUCAAUCGAGUUGCUACAAGAAUUGGCUAAUAGUUAAUUAAAUAGAACAUCAAGGAAAAAAAGAAGACCAUAAACUGCAGGUGGAUAUACAAUACCUUCACAGCAUUUCUCAAAUAACAUACAAAACUACCUUAUACAAGAACAGAUUGGAUAAGGCAGUUACGGGAUUGUUAAGAUGGGCUUAAAUUUAUUAAAUGGGUAGCAAGUAGCAAUAAAGAUUUACGAAAGGAUAAAAAUUAUUUCAAAAAAAGAAUACAUAAGGAAGGAAAUUUAAAUUCUGUAAUCAUUGUAACAUCCCAAUAUUGUUCAAUUGCUUGACGUAAUUUACACUGAUACCCAAGUGCAAUUAGUUAUGGAAUAUGUUGGUCCAUUGUCAUUAAGAGCAUAUCUUAAAUAACAACCAAAUAAGUUGAUCCCAGAAACCGAGGCCAAGAAUAUCUUUCUCUAAGUUGUUAAAGCUAUUGACUAUUGCCAUUCCAAAAACAUCAUACAUCGGGAUAUCAAAUUGGAAAAUAUUUUGAUUAAAGACAACAAAAUUAAACUGAUUGACUUUGGUUUCAGCUCGUUCAUCGAACAUAAAACUACUUCAUUUUGUGGAACUCCUUCAUACAUGGCCCCAGAGAUUAUAUUAAAAAUUGAUUAUGGAAAACCUGCUGAUAUCUGGUCAUUAGGAAUCUUACUAUAUGUGAUGUUACAUGGGAAGUUUCCUUUUCAAGGGAAAGAACAAAAAGAGCUGUUCUCAAAAAUCAAAACAGGCAUCUUCUCAUCCAAUGGAAUAUCUUAAUAGGCCUAGAGACUAAUUAAUAAUAUGUUGAGAGUUAGGUCGUAUGAGAGAUGCAAUACAAAGGAAAUAAUAAAAGAUUAAUGGUUUCAAUAAUGA